AUGCAGGCCAUCAAGUGUGUUGUAGUGGGGGACGGCUUUGACAACUACUCUGCCAAUGUGAUGGUCGAUGGGAAACCAGUGAAUCUGGGUCUAUGGGAUACAGCAGGACAGGAAGACUACGACAGACUCCGACCACUGUCCUAUCCACAGACGGAUGUGUUCUUGAUUUGCUUCUCCCUCGUGAGUCCUGCCUCCUUUGAAAACGUCCAUGCCAAGUGGUACCCAGAGGUGAGACACCACUGCCCCAACACCCCCAUCAUCCUGGUGGGCACCAAGCUGGAUCUGAGAGACGACAAGGACACCAUCGAGAAGCUGAAGGAGAAGAAACUCACCCCCAUCACCUACCCCCAGGGCCUGGCCAUGGCCAAAGAGAUUGGUUAGUUUACUAAUGGUACUUAGUCUUGUCCA